UACAAAGGUUAUAUUAUUGUUGUGAUUAGGUCUAUAACUGGGAUCAAACAAAGACGUCUCUAAUUAAAAGUUCCUUCUUUUGGGGUUAUACGGUAAUACAAAUACCGAGUGGAUAUAUAGCAUCAGUUUGGAGUGGUCAGAAACUGCUUAGCAUUGGAAUCCUAGUUUGUGGCAUUUUAAACGGUUUAAUACCUACUGCUGCUGCUUAUGGGGAUUACGUUGCAGUCUGCGCUUGUAGAGUAGGUAUGGGUCUUUGUCAAGGUUGCCUUUUACCUUGCACUCAUACCCUCCUUUCAAAGUGGGCACCGCCAUCUGAACGAUCAAGACUUGGAGCAUUUGCUUAUGCUGGAGCCCAAUUCGGCACCGUAAUUUCCUUUCCAAUUUCCGGCGUAUUAGCAGCUUCAUCGCUUGCCUGGCCAUCCAUAUUCUUUGUAUUUGGUGGUAUAGCCUUAAUUUGGAGCAUCUUUUUCUUUAUUUUUGGUUCUGACAGUCCUGCUCAAGAUUUACGAAUAUCAGAGGAGGAAAGAGAAUACAUAGAAAAUAGUAUAAGAAGUGACGAGGGAAAGAAAAUGUUACAGGACACAGGGAAAAAGAAAACACCAUGGAAAGCUAUUUUCACUUCGGUACCGAUGUGGGCUCUCAUAAUUGUACAUUGUGGACAAAAUUGGGGAUACUGGACUCUAGUUAAUGAAUUACCGAAUUACAUGGACAAGGUGUUGAAAUUCAAUUAUGAACAGGUAACGAAUUUAUUAUUAUACAGUAAUGCCUUGAAAAUUGACCGUGAUUGUGCCUUGAAAAUUGACCGUGAUUGUGCCUUGAAAGUUAACCGUCGCUAUUACUACCAAUGGUUAAUAACGUGAUAAGCAGAUCAAGCC